CUGUGGCAUCUGACAUGCAAAAAGGACGGGAGGUGGGGGCCCUUUCCAUGCCCCCCGGAUCAGUUUACAGUCCCACCUAUACACAGUACAUUUGAACACACCCCGAUGAUCUCUCUAGUAACAUAACUCCCCACUUACACUGCUAUCCUUGUCUCCUCCCUUUCCUUUCCCUGAUCAAUUCCUUCCUACCCCACAAUCCAAAACCAUGCCCUACGGCCGACUCCACUCCUCCGAUCCCCACCCCGUCCCCGGCACUCGUCGCAGUCGGCUCCUCCUCGUCUUCGUAGCCCUCCUUGCCGCUCUCUUAGUCAUCGCCUCCGCUGUAUCAGCCGUGAUCAUAAUUCGUGCCCGGCCGGGGCCGCCGCGCGGAUCGGCCCCGACGCAGGCGAUCUCCGACGCGUGCGCGUGGACCCGCUACCCGGCGCUGUGCGUGGGCUCGCUCGCGGCCUUCCCGGGCGCGUCGGGCGCAGCGGGCGCGGGCGACCUCGUCAGCGUCGCCCUCAACAUGACGCGCCAGCGCGUGGGGCGCGCGCUCUACGGCGCGUCCGCGCUCGGCGGCGCCCGCAUGGGCGCGCGCGCGCGCGCCGCGUACGCCGACUGCAUGGAGCUCCUCGCCGACUCGCUCGACCAGCUCUCCGAGUCCCUCCUCGCCGUCUCUCCGUCCCCAUCACCGCGGAGUCGAGGCGCCUCCGACGAGGACGUCCUCACCUGGCUCAGCGCCGCCCUAACAAACCAGGACACGUGCACGGAGGGCAUUGAAGAAGCCCGCGACGAAUACAUCAAAUCGCAGAUGCUUGAUAACUACCUUAAGGACCUCUCCGAGCUGGUUAGUAACUGCCUCGCCAUCUUCGCGGCUGUGAGCAAGAACGGAGAGUUCGCGGGGAUACCGAUCCAGAACAAGAGGCGAAGGAGAAUGCUAUUGAGUAGCGACACUAAUGACGAAUUCCCCGACUGGGUUGGAAUAAGUGAUCGUCGACUUCUUCAGACGCCAGCUGCGUAUAUUCAGGCCGAUUUCGUAGUGUCGAAAGACGGAGAGAACGGGACGUACAAGAAAAUCGGGCAAGCCAUAAAGGCGGCCCCUGAGCACAGCUCGAGUCGAGUUAUUAUAUAUGUCAAGGCCGGGCGGUAUGAGGAGAAUGUGAAGGUCGGCCGGAAGAAGACCAACCUCCUGUUCGUCGGAGAUGGUAAGGGCGUUACGGUCAUCGCCGGAUCCCGCAGCGUCUACGAUAACUACACGACCUUUCAAAGCGCAACAUUUGCGGCGACGGGAGCGGGGCUCAUAAUGAAGGACAUGACGAUCGAGAACUGGGCCGGGCCACAAAAGCACCAGGCGGUGGCUCUGCGCAUCGGGGCGGACCGCGCCGUGGUGUACCGAUGUGACAUAAUUGGGUACCAGGACACACUAUACGUGCACUCACAACGGCAGUUUUUUCGCGAAUGUGAUAUCUACGGCACCGUCGACUUCAUCUUCGGCAACGCAGCAGUGGUGCUCCAGAACUGCAGCAUCUGGGCCCGAAAACCGUUGCCGAUGCAGAAGAACACAAUCACGGCGCAAAGCAGGAAGGACCCGAAUCAGAACACGGGAAUAUCAAUCCACGAUUGCCGAGUGCUGGCCACGCCGGAGCUCGAGCCGGUUAGGUGGGCCUACCCUACCUACCUGGGGCGCCCGUGGAAGCAGUAUUCGAGAACGGUGUAUAUGAUGUCCGUCUUAGGGCAUCAUAUCCAUCCGGCCGGGUGGCUUGAGUGGAAUGGGAGCUUCGCACUGAAUACGCUAUACUACGGAGAGUACUUGAAUUACGGGCCCGGGGCGGCCCUCGAAAAACGAGUGCAGUGGCCUGGAUAUAGAGUGAUCACGCUCCCCGAAGAGGCGAGCAAGUUCACUGUAGGGCGGUUUAUUUACGGCUCCUCUUGGUUGCCGGCCACCGGAGUGGCCUUCCUCGCCGGUCUCUCAUUAUAGUGUUUAUAUAUAUAUAUAUAUAUUUUCUUCUUCUACGAUAACGUACGUAUAGGCGUAGGUUCUUUAAUUUAGUUUUCUUUUAAUUUAUUUUGGAAAUGUUAUUAUCUCGAAAUUAAAACAAUGCAAGUUGUACAUCUCUAUUGUUCUUUU